AUGUCCGCCGAGCACAACGCAGCCCUUGAGAAGGACGUCGGUCCGGAUAACACCAUCAACGGCUCUUCUGAGAAUGCCAGUGCUCCGCAGCUUACCUCGCAGAUGACCCACGAGGAGCACGAAGUGGCCAAGGCCGCUGCUCGCUUUGGCUAUGGUCCUCUGGCCAAGCCCAAUCCCACCGAGUACAACCUCCCUCCCUUCGGAGGAGAGUUCCAGCCUGGUCUGUACAAGUCCGUUGAGAAGCGCAAGUUUGCCAACCCUGCUCCUCUGGGUUUGUGUGCUUUCGCCCUCACCACGUUCGUGCUGAGCUGCAUCAACAUGGGUGCUCGCGACAUCACCGCUCCCAACAUUGUCGUCGCUCUUGCUUUCGGUUAUGGUGGUCUCGUUCAGUUGCUUGCCGGCAUGUGGGAAAUGGCCAUCGGUAACACUUUUGGUGCCACUGCUCUGUCCUCUUAUGGUGGUUUCUGGAUCUCCUUCGCUAUUGUCUUGACCCCCGGUGGUUUCAACAUCGAGUCGGCUCUCGUCAAGGCCGACAAUGGCAGCACCUCCAUGUUUGACAACUCUUUCGGUCUGUUCCUGAUGGGCUGGUUCAUCUUCACCACCAUCCUGCUGUUCUGCACCCUAAGAUCUACCGUGGCUUUCUUCCUCCUGUUCUUCUUUCUCGAUCUCGCCUUCCUCCUGCUCGGUAUCGGCUACAUCCAGCGCGACAGCGCGGGCAAGCCCAACCCUCCCGUCAUCAAGGCCGGUGGUUUCUUUGGUCUCCUGGCUGCCUUCACUGCCUGGUACAACGCUCUGGCCGGUAUUGCCGACAGCAGCAACAGCUUCUUUGUCAUUCCCGUCGCCCACUUCCCCUGGUCUCCUACCGGACAGGCCCGGAGAACCAAGACCGAGCGCGAGACCGUCUAA